AUGGUCAGCCUAGCCGCUCGCCAGCUAUGGAAACGUACACUCUCUAUACUUCGAGUGAAGUUGCUGUACAGUAGAAUCACUCUGACGCGAUUUACCACAUUCUACUUCUUCCUCGCCUUCGCCUCUUGCAUCGUUCUCAGUGCGCUACAAGGUGUCGCAUUCACCGAUAACUCCAUGGCCGUAGCUGCGCUUGCGCCGGUAGUCAAGAAUGUCCCCUCUGACCAAGUGCUUGUGCUAGAGAAAGGAGUGUUGCAGACGUGUACCAGUAUCCCAGAUCAACGUGGGACGAAGUGCACAGUGCACCUGGUUUUUGGUUCGAGAAAAAGUAAGCGCCACUGGGACGACGACGGUGAUAUUUUGGAUAUCGAAGAGGCUGGAAACGGUGAUGGCGAUACGGAUGGUCUUAGAAAUGGGUCGCCUGUUAAAUCUGCUUCUAGCGUUUUGACUAAUGACUCUGGCUUGAGCGAUAAUUGUAUCCUUUCUAUGGCUUGGUUGGAUGAAACACUUGAAGACUCCAAGCGGGAAGAUAUCGUAACCUUUCUUUUCCAAAUCUGGCUUUUCUCUCUGGCGCUCGUAACUAUUUUGAAUGAAUCCAUCCCUCAUCUAGGGGCGGCGUUCUUUGGCCAUGUCCUAGGCACGGGCUGGGCUGGGUAUCGUGUAUCAUCGUCACAAGCCUUGACAAGUUUCUAUCGCAGGCAUAUUGUUCCUGAAGCUUGUGGUGGAAAAGAUUUGUUAGGGGGUUGGUGGGAUAUUAGGAUACAGCACGCUGUUCCAAUCGUGAUCGUCAACAGCGUAGUAUUACUUGCAUUGCUAUAUGUUUCUGCGAGAUUGUACAAGGUAUAUGCCACCGAGUCGUUUAGCCGUGUUGGCGCUUCUCCGGUCAUUCAUGGAGUUUACAAGACCGUUUUGCUGUUCUCAGUUGGUCUGCAACUCUCCGGGUUCUUCUCGCUCGCUUCUUCUGCGAUGUGGAUCGAUAAAGUCUGUCAUGGAAUGAUGAAAAUGAUGGCGUUGCAUUCGAAAUUGUAUCUGGCUGCUUUCGUUAUUAUCCUAGUGUUUCAAUUCCCGAUGCUAUACCUUGGAUGGGUGUGCGUUCGGAAGGAGUGUAGAAUCCGAUUUGGCAUUUUUUGUGCCAUAUCCAUCUUCUUGUUGUCAAUCUCGACGUUGAUGUUCUUCAGCCCAUUGUAUCGGUACAUCUUCAUGACAUGGCCGUUCUUCGCUACUGUCACUGUGACAGCUUAUGUCCUGACCGUCUUCACGAGUGUCCUAGCUAUCGUGUGCAGACUCAACUUUGGCAAAGGGUUAGCGCAUUACCGUGAGUUUCCUUCCUUUCCUAUGCGUAACGUUUUGAUUGAUGGGCCGGCUGGCGUUAUGUUCACCGUACUGUUGUUGGAUGGUGUAGUACAAGUCACUGACGCGUUGGAGGGUGUUGAUUUCACGCCGGUGUCGUUUUGGAAGGGGCACGGUUAUGGUGGUGAUACUGAGAAGAUGGAUCUGUACGGUAAAGCCAAGCAGGGAGGACAAGGUGAUGCCAGUGGAACGCGGCUGGGAGAUAUCACGCUCCAGCUGCCAGCCAUGGCCCACCGCCAUCAACACCAGCAGGACGAGUCCCACAUGUACACCCACACCCAACCGCGGGCACGGGCGCGCGCGCACGCUCGUGCGGAGUCAAAUGGGAGACCGCGCGUGCAGGAUAGAGGCUCGUCGAUAUACUCGGAUGAAGGCGCCGGGACGCCUGUGAUGCUCUCGUUCUCGCCGCCGCUUAUUUCGGAGAUGGCCCCUGCGCCCACGAGGCUGGCGAAGGUUGCUGUGAGUAGGGCGCGGCGGUCGGGGUCGCUUGGUGGUGGGUAUGGGCAUGGGUUUGGGUUUGGGCAUGGGCAUGGCAAGUCGCAGAGUCUGAGUCAGAGUUUGGGGGGCUCGGUGCUGGGAGAUGUGCCGUAUCCGCCGCCUGGGCUGGACAUGAGGGAGGGGGUGGGAGUGCGCUCUGGGUGGGAUGAUGAAGGGAGUGAGGAGGAAGGUGUGCGAGGCGGCUAUGGGCGUAACGAAGCCUCGCGCGUUCAAGCUCGUGGAGAUACUAGUCCUUCCAGCACAUCCAACCCCACCAGCCCGUCCAGCCAGUCCAAAGGGACGCAAGGCGCCGAGGCGGCUGCGGCACCGGUAGGCCAAGGAGAUAUUCUGACGAGGGUGCCAAAGAGGUCGUCUUCUAUUCAGUCGAGAGCGAGCGCGCGCUCGAGAUCGAGGUCUGGAGGCGGCGCGGGGAAGCUUGUGAAGCAAGGCUUGCCUGCGAAUCCUCGUGCUCGCGCUGGCGCUAUUUGA